AUGUCGAAUUCACACAACAUAUCCCUCACCUCCACCGAGGCUCAUUUCUGUGAGCUACUCGACGACUUCUCCACCCAUCGUGUUCCACCGGUGGAAUGUAGGAUCGCAGGUGGUUGGGUGAGAGACAAGCUUCUCGCUCUCCCGUCUUCAGAUCUGGAUAUAGCCUUGACCAUCUCAUCAGGUUAUACUUUCGCUAUAGAGUUCGCCUCAUACCUGACCUCUCAUGGCGUGGCAAUCGGCUCUGUGGGUAGAGUCGCAGCCAAUCCUGAACAGAGCAAACAUCUAGAAACCGGCACCACUCGUAUUUUAGGUAUGGAAUGUGAUUUCGUUGGACUUAGGAAUGAAACAUAUUCAGAUUCCCGGAUACCUCAGAUUGAGCCAGGAACACCAACUCAAGAUGCCUUUCGUCGAGAUCUCACGAUCAAUGCUUUAUUUUACAACGUACACUCCCGUAAGGUGGAAGACUUUACAGGCGAAGGUCUUCCGGAUCUAGCAAGCAGAAUCGCGAGAACACCUCUGCCUCCUCUUCAGACAUUCCGGGAUGAUCCGCUGCGGGUUCUUCGAUGUAUCCGCUUCGCUAGCCGUUUCAGCCUCGCUAUUGACGAUCAAGUGACUGAAGCCAUGCAAAAUCCCGAAGUCAAGGCGGAGCUUCAGAGCAAAGUUUCCAAAGAGCGAGUCGGUAUCGAAGUAACCAAGAUGCUCAAACACGACCCUUUACGUGCCAUUGAGCUUAUUCACCAAUUAGACCUUCAUCAAACGAUAUUUGUGUCCACGACUUCGACAGAGCGUGGGAAUUCCCUCAAAAGUGCACAGAUCCUGGCCGAGGUCCGCAACCACUUGCCCGUUGACGAGUUACUUUGGCUUGCAGCGGCGUGUAGCCCGUUUCGUGACUUAACGAUGCAAGUGAAGAAUAAGGAGGUACCUGUCGUGUCUGGUGUUCUGAGCGAUGGAUUGAAAGUAGGUUUCUUCUUCGUAUCUCAGGCUGACACCCAGUUAUCGAAUGACGUCAAAAACGCAAUCGUCAACCUUUUCCUCCAUGCCCCGCUCUUGAACCCGACCCUGCGAUCACGAUCGGAAAUAGGCAUGGCGAUGCAGAGGAAUCAACCGUGGGAACGAGCCUUGACUUGGGCUACGGUCGUAGCGAUCCUACCUGUGUGGACGGGUAGACUGGAAGAUCAGGCUCGCGGGAUCCUGAAUGACUUUCUCGAGUUCCGACGUCGUAUCGUCGAUCUAAAGUUGCCCGAAUCUGUAUCAGAGGAACCUUUACUAAAUGGCAACGAGGUGCAGACUUUGCUCAAUAUUCGACCGUCUCCGACUAUCCAGGCAGUCCGAGUCGACAUGAAUAAAUGGCAAUUGGACAACCCUGGCGCCACCAAACGAGAAUGUGAGGAAUGGUUGCUACGGAUGUGGGCUAGUGAACAGCGAGAAAAGUGGGAGGUCAAAUCACCGCCAGCCGGAAAGAGGAAGAGAUAA